AUAACUGUAUUUUUGUCAAAGACGGCAGCUCAGAAAGAAACCUCUGAGACCAGAAUUAACCACAUAUCACACAUCCUCCACUCUUCUUCACACUACACUUCACCCUCAGAGAGAGAGAGAGAGAGGCAUGGAGGUCGAGGCACAGAGCUUGGAUCAAUUCAAGGGCCAAUCGAGGCUUCCAAAUUUCGCACUCCCGAAGUGCUACGUUCUCACUCUAAUCCCCGAUCUCUCCGCUUGCACCUUUUCCGGCACCGUCCAAAUUGAUCUCUCGAUCGUUAGAUUGACCAGGUUCAUCGUCCUGAACGCGCUCGAACUCGUCAUCGGCGAUGUCUCCUUCACUGACUCCCGGAAUCAGAAGCGUGUUCCGACCGAUGUGGUUAUGGACGGCGAUGAUGAGAUACUGAUUUUGGCGUUUGACGAGGCGCUCGGUGUAGGGGAUGGAGUAUUGGUGAUUAGCUUCUGCGGCGUGCUUAACGAUCACUUGAAAGGUUUCUACAGAAGCACUUACAUGGAUGGAGGAGUGAAGAAGAAUAUGGCAGUGACUCAAUUUGAAGCAGUGGACGCCCGACGAUGUUUUCCUUGCUGGGAUGAACCUGCUCUGAAGGCCACCUUCAAGCUAACAGUGAGUGUGCCAUCUUCUUUGACGGCAUUAUCUAACAUGCCAGUUGUUCAUGAAGAGCAUAAUGGAGAGAUAAAAACAGUUCAUUUUGAGGAGUCGCCAAUUAUGUCGACAUACUUGGUGGCUGUUGUGAUUGGUUUAUUUGACCAUAUAGAAGAAACAACAAGUGAUGGAAUUAAGGUCUCUGUAUAUUGUCCUGUUGGUAAGAGUGAUAAAGGAAAGCUUGCUUUACAUGUUGCAGUAAAGGCACUUGAUUUGUAUAAGAAGUACUUCUCCAUGCCUUACACUCUUCCUAAGCUGGAUAUGGUUGCUAUUCCUGAUUUUUCUGGAGGGGCCAUGGAGAAUUAUGGUUUGAUCACCUAUCGUGAAGUGGAGUUACUCUAUGAUGAAUUACAUUCUGCAGCUGCUAACAAGCAGAGACUUGCAAUUGUAGUAACACAUGAAGUUGCACAUCAAUGGUUUGGCAACCUGGUAACAAUGGAAUGGUGGACUGAUUUAUGGCUAAAUGAAGGUUUUGCAACUUGGAUAAGUUAUUUAGCCACUGAUUGCUUAUUUCCUGAGUGGGAAAUCUGGAAUCAAUUUCUUGAAGAAACUGCUGGGGGUUUACGUGCAGAUGCAAUGGAAAACUCACACCCUAUAGAGGUAGAGAUACAUGGUGCUCGUUCUGUUGAUGAAGUUUUUGAUGCCAUAAGCUAUAAAAAGGGAUCUGCUGUUAUCCGUAUGUUGAUGGAUUAUCUUGGAGAUAAUAUAUUGCAGAGAUCUCUGUGUUCCUAUAUGGAGAAAUAUGCUUGCAAAAACACAAAAACAGAAGACUUGUGGAAUAUUCUUUCAGAAGAAUCUGGUCUUCAAGUGAGCACGAUGAUGGACACAUGGACAAAGAAAAAGGGUUAUCCAGUUAUCUCUGUGAAACACAAACAUACUAAUUUAGAGUUUGAACAGUCUCAAUUUCUAUAUUCUGGUUUGCAAGUGGAGGGUCACUGGAUUGUUCCAUUAACUUUAUCACUUGGUUCAGGCAUGAAACGGAAGAAUUUUCUGUUAGAGUCAAAACUUGGAAAGUUGGAUGUAUCUAGUCUCUAUGAUUCUUCUGAUGUCAAUUCAAGCUCAUCUGGCAAGAAGAAUCUAGAGGAAUUUGAUGAAAAUUUUUGGGUAAAAUUAAAUGUUGGGCAGACUGGAUUUUACAGGGUGAAGUAUGAUGAGAAACUGGCUGCUAAAUUGAGGAAAGCUAUAGAGGAAAAUUGCCUCUGUGCCACAGAUAGAUUUGGCAUUCUGGAUGACACAUAUGCUCUUUGUGAGGCAUGUGAAGUUCCAUUGUCAUCUUUGAUUUCAUUGAUGAAUGUAUACAGGAAGGAACUUGAUUACAUCGUGUUAUCCAGACUCAUUAACAUAUGUUAUAAUGUUGUCGAGAUCUCUUCUGAAGCCAUACCAAAUUCUGUGAAUGGUAUACAACAAUUUUUUAUCAGUCUCCUCCUCUUCUCUGCUGAAAAAUUAGGUUGGGUACCCAUUCAGGGAGAGAAUCAUUUGAAUGCAAUGUUGAGGGGUGAAGUUUUGACGGCCUUAAUCAAGUUUGGCCAUGAUAGAACCAUUGAUGAAGCAAUAAAGCGCUUUCAAACAUACUUGAGUGACCAAAACACUACACUUCUUCCUGUUGACAGCAGAAAGGCUGCUUAUUUUGCUGUAAUGAGAAAUGCCAACACCAGCAAUAGGAAUGGGUUUGAAGCCCUACUAAAUUUAUGUAAGGGAGCUCAAGCAGUGCAAGAGAAGACCAGGGUUUUACGUUGUAUUGGGUCCUGUCCAGACCCCAAAAUAGUUUUGGAGGUUCUGAAUUUAAUAUUAUCUGAUGAGGUCCGUGGUCAAGAUACAGUAUAUGUACUAGCAGGGAUAAGCUCAGAGGGACGGCAGACAGCAUGGAGAUGGUUAAAAGAGAACUGGGACCUAGUCUAUACAAAAUGGGGUGCUGGGAAUCUUCUACUUCACCGUUUUGUUAGAGAUAUCAUCUCACCACUUUGCAGCCAUGAAGCAGAUGAAGUGGAAGCAUUUUUUGCUAGCAAGGUGACUACUUCGUUUGCCAGGAAUUUAAAGCAGAGCAUCGAGGAAGUCAGGAUGAAAGCAAGGUGGGCAGAAAGCAUCAAGCAAGAAGAUUCCCUUGAAGGGCUGGUCAGAGAAUUAGCUCAAGUAUGAAAUGUGUCAAUGACAUUGUCAUCUACCGUGUUUAAUGGGUAGUGGAGUGACACUUCCUUCGACUGGUAUUUGUUAUGCUACUGCUUAUGGAUAUUAUUAUUACAAGGUAAGUUAAUAAUAAGCAUUUUCUUUCAUCACCUAAA